AUGAAGGACCCCAGUGGACAGAAGCGAAGGAUCGCAAAGUUUGCAGCUGCAGCAGUGAAUAUUGCAACCAAGAUGAAGGUCCUUACAAUGCAAGAAGCCUUGUCCGAUCCUAAGAUACUGAAGGAACUGGAAGAAAACCCAGGAACCUUUAAAUUUCCAGAACCUGUGGAUUUAGUGGUCACCUCCAGGACAGGCAAGUACGCCACGGUGCUGCAGGACCCGGCCAGCCCCGGGGGUCUAAGAGUGGAGGGGCCCCUGGGGAACCUUCUCGAAUAUAUGGCCAGUUCCAUGAACUUCUCAUACACGCUCAUAAUGCCACCAGAUCGAGGCAUCGGGUCGCAACUGCCAAACGGAACUUGGACUGGCAUUGUGGGCCAAGUCAGCGAGAAGGUGGCGGACAUCGGCCUCGAGAGUAUGAAGAUGAUCCCGAAGCGCAUAGAGGUCGUGGACUUCGGUGACAUCCUUUCGUACGUCUACAUGAAGAUCUUAGCCGGAAAAGGACAUCCGAAACUGAAUCCUAUGGGCUUUCUCUAUCCUCUGAGCCCCUUGGUGUGGGCGUGUCUCAUAGGGGCGUUGCUGUGCGUGUGGGCGGCCACGGUGGUGUUAGGAAGCCGACCUCAGGGCAGCAGGAGAGAGGCGUGGGCGGCGGGGUUCUUCUAUAUCUACUUUGGCGUCGUCGUGCAGCAAGCCAUGGCCAUGAAAUUCAUCCGUGGAGCGGAGAAGCUGCUGGUGGGAAGCUGGAUGCUGGUUGCCAUGGUGAUGGCUUGGUCCUACUCGUGCAAUCUGGUGUCCCUUUUGGCAGCUCGGCAAGUUCCUCAGCCCAUCCAGAGCCUAAGAGAUGUUAUUGACUCGGAUGUGAAGGUCAUAACAAGUCGUUUUACGGCUUUCACGCACAUGUUAGAUCAUGCAGAAUCGGGAAUAUUCAAGGAGCUGUCCGAUCUAAGACUGAAAAAUCGCUGGGUUUAUUCCAAGUACGGAGAAGAGGAUAAACCAAUGGAGCUGACUCGACAAGGCGACCACGUGAUGAUGACUCUUGACAUAUCGGCAAAACAAAGUAUGUCAGAUUACUUCACUAAAACAGGACUCUGUGAUUUUUAUCUCCCGCGAGAGACUUUCUUGCCAGGACCCACCAGCAUUGUUCUGCAGAAAGGAACUCCCAUUCUCCAAGCUGUUAAUCACAGGAUCCGUAGAGUUGUAUAUGCUGGCCUCUUCGACUACUGGGUGAGCCAAAGCACAGUUAACGCUUCAGUCUGUGAAAAGAUGCCGUCCACUAUCACUGUGAUGGAACCACUUUCUUUCACUGCAGUCUCGGGAAUGCUAGCCAUGUGGGCUUGUGGAAUGGCACUGUCGCUCAUAACUUUCUGUGUGGAGCUGGCACUGGCUAAAGUCACACAAUAG